UCCGGGAUGAGCCAGAUUAACGGCUCUCUGUUCGCCAGGAGUCCACUGGCGGAAACAGGCGGACAUCGUCUCAAAUACUCACUGGAUGUGGCGGUCGUAGCACUGAAGACGGCAACUAUUCUGUCUUUUUUAGGACGUAGUAGCUUUGAAUAAUUCAUUUCGGGCGGCAUUCAUGAAAUAACUUGUAAAUUCACAGCAGGAUAAAGAAUGAUUUCGCCGUGGGACCGGUGGUACUCGACGAGCUGCUGCCUCUGCUGCCAUGUACGGACGGGCACCAUUAUCCUGGGAAUAUGGUACAUGCUGAUCAAUGCGGUGGUCCUACUCAUCUUGUUGUCGGCUCUCAAUGACCCAGUUCAAUACCGCUACCACCUUACCAGCUCUGAGCUGGGAACCGACAUAGAUGUCAUGGACGAUGCAAAUAUCUGCAUAGCCACUGCAAUAUCCCUGCUUAUGAUUCUUAUAUGUGGCAUGGCAACAUAUGGUGCUUACAAGCAACACGCUGCAUGGAUCAUUCCAUUCUUCUGCUACCAAAUCUUCGACUUUGCCCUUAACACGCUGGUAGCCAUAAGUGUGGUUGUUUAUCCCAACACGGUGCAGGACUACCUCCAGCAGCUGCCGGGGACAUUCCCUUACAAAGAGGACAUCAUGUCCACCAACAAUAUGUGCCUAGUUUUUGCAGUCCUCCUCUUCAUUGGCUGCAUCCUCUCCUUCAAGGCCUACCUGAUUGGCUGUGUGUGGAACUGCUACAGAUAUGUGAGCGGCAGGGGCACCACAGAGGUCCUGGUUUAUGUCACCACCAAUGACACCACGCUCAAUGAGUUCACACCUCUAAAUGUACAAGGUUCUGCUUCCCCCCUACGAGGAGGCCAUUGCCAUACCACCGAAGGAGCCCCCUCCCCAGUAUAUGGAGGCAUGAGAGACGUCCUCGCUGCUGGACCUUCAUACCCCAAACACCAACCACAUCUCCCUCCAGUAGGAUCCCUAACACUGGCUGGAACACGUUGAAAAACAAGACAAAACCGUGUCUUAGAGGCUGGUUUCAGCUUGGAUUCCUGCCAACCUUAGAUUAGAUUAGGCUGACCCUGAGCCAGUAUUGCCAUCAACUCUUCCCCCACCACCAACACCCCUGGUUGUUGUGACGUAUCUUCCUCCCCUCUUGUCUCCUCUGUCCUCCUCCAAGGACAGUAUCGCAGCAACUCCAACCGCUACCAACCCUCCCUCUUGGCAGCUGCAGCCCCCUGGCAGCAUCUAAACUCUUGCACGCCCUGAACACUCUGUCCCAACUUAAUUUGCACUUUUCUUUGAGUGAAACGUGCACCGGUCUGGCCACCAACUGUUAACCCCCAAUACUGUGAAUCUCCCUCGUGGUCUUUGUCUAGAAACAAACUACCUGAAGAGAGAUAGUGACAGAGAGAGUGAGAAGGAAAGCGGCAUACAUGAUCAGUUAUGCAAAAGCACUUUUUUCAAAAAUUGACAAAUUCCUUCAUUGAAUGUAAUGUCGAGGUAUUUUUGUAUACUUUUUUGUAUAACAGUGAAAACGGAGAGAAAAAGAUGUGAAUAGUGAUAGGCUGUCCUGUUGUGAUAUCAUCUGCAUAUUGAUGUAGCUUGUCCAGGAAAUCGUAUUGGAAAAGGUUCCUCGACCAAUAACAACUACGUCUUCCUUUUGUAUCCAUGCAACACACUGUCUGUAAACCUGUGAUCCAUCGACUGCCAGUGAAAAACCUCGUUCACUCACUGAUUUUAAUCACAGUAUUAUUCCAGUUUGCCUUCCUGUCAACGUCCCGUCUAUUCCAAGAUCUCAAAAGCUAAGAAAGACUGGCAUUAUUGUAACGUGCACACAAACAUAAAUGUUUCUCACACUUCAGAUUCACAUCCAAAAAGGCAAUACACAUACUGUAAAAUCUGAAAUGUGUAAAAAUUGGUGUGUGAAAAUGUUUUAGUGAAGACGUCUGUCUUGUGUUUCUGUUGAGCUUCAACAGCAUUGUCUGUAUCUUUAUUGUGUUUUUUUUUUUUACAUGGAUCAUGGUGUAUAAUCUGAUCUUUUUAGUUGAGCUAACUUAGCUGGACUGAGGGCAUUUUCCUAUGAAGGCGGAGCAACAUGCUGCUGUACAUGCAGAGACUGAGUGUGUGUGUGUGUGUGUGUGUGUGUGUGUGUGUGUGUGUGUUUGUGUUUGGACUUGUACUUGCUACAUAGUGAGGACUCUGUUUUUAACCAACAGAGUGAGGACAUUUUUGGAAUAUGAAGACAUUUUUGCCCGUCCUCGCUUCUUCAAAGACCUGCUUGAGAGUUAAGACUUGGUUUUUAAGGUUCAAAUUACAUUAAGGGUUCUGGUAAGGGUUGGGAAUUGGCAUUUAGUUGUGAAGGUUGAGUUAGGGUAGAAUGCAUUAUGUCAAUGAAGGUCCUCACAAAGAUACAAGUACAAAAUCGUGUGUGUGCAUGUGUGCUUGCCUGAGCGCUAUGUGUUUGUUACGUCAUGAUGUAACUCCUGGUUCCUUUUAUAUGUAGUAACAUUUCCUUUGCACAUGCAGCGAUAUCGUGUCGAGAUAUUUCCUGUGCUGUGACCUUUUUUUGAAAUUAAUGAUGGAUGGGAAUCUAAAGCUUCGAUUUACCUUAGCAUAGUAGCACAAAACAACACAGUGUAUGAAGCUAGAGAAGCUAGAUGCCUGUCUUUUGCCUAGAACUAUUCAGGCAGUUGUGAAAAUUAAUAUUUGAACAAACAAUAUUAGACCUACCUAAUCCCAUUCUUUCCAAUAAUUCCUAAGUAGUAUUUGGUAUCCACAGAAAAGCAUAAUAUCCUUCAGACUAUGCAACAGUGCAUUCAACAUCUCCUUAGAGCAGGAAAUACAUGUACCAUGAAGUAGUAGUCCAUUUGAUACUAAUGCUGUAGUUGAUAAUGUAGCCAUAUGAUGGCCCCUUCAUCAUUGUCCCUGUGUGAAUUAUGACCACUGCUUUUGCAAAUCCAACAAAUCCGAAAAUGAAA